CAAUGGCGCCGUAUCUACAACCAAACCCUUACACUCAUUCACAAGAAUCUCUUGAUCUCCUUCAAAUCUCCUGUUGCGACGUUUAUCAAGGCCUUUCUUCUCCCAAUCAUUAUCACAAUUAUCUUUGUCUGCCUGAAAGAAAUCAAGCCGGAUCUUGACUCGUCAAAUGGAAUAUCACGCAACGGACGACCCGUUCUGGACCUACCGGAGGCCAUGGCGGCCAGCUCUUCGCCGUCCCUGGUAUUUGUCAUGAACCACAUCAGGGACUCCCGACUCACCGAUAUCGUCAAAGAAAUUCGAGAUGACCCAGACAUGAAGCCUUUUGAUGUCGGGGUUGUUGAUGAUCCUAACCGACUAUUUGAUUGGUGCAGACAGUCCAUCCAGGGCACGAGUGACUGCUUCGCGUCGGUUAUCUUCACUUCCUUCAACAAAACCCAUGCCGAAUACAACAUCGCAAUCGACGAGGACGCCCUCAAGAAUACGCCCUACAGCUACAGCCCCGGACAAUCUACCCUCUCGAAGCGCAUUCUCCCCAUCCAAUGGGCCUUGGAUUCUCGGAUCGGUGGGUUCGCGUCGGCCAAAAGGCCCACCGAGAAAAUGUUCAGUGGCUUUUUCGAUAAAUCUGGUUCGAACUCGAUGGAUAUGCCUACUGAGAUAUACUGGCUGUCAAUUGUCAGUUUCUUCGCCGCUCCCUUAUUUGUCUUCCUCCUUCUAGUCGCAACCUACCACGUCAGCAGCUUUGUGGCAGGAGAGCGACAGAACUCCGUGGCGGAACUUCUCAUGGCCCAGGGAGUUGGCACUAUUCCUCGCAUUCUGUCCAACAUGCUCUCGUUCUGCGUUCUCUAUGUCCCCGGGGUCAUUAUUUCGUCCAUCAUGCUCGGCGAGUUGCUGUUUAAACACACCUCUACCGGACUCGUUUUCAUCCUCAUGUUCCUCGCUUGUUUUUCAUUCAUCGUUUCGGCGCACUGCAUGGGGUCUCUUUUCGCCAAAGCCUCGACCGCCGCUCUAUGCACUACUAUCUUAACAUUCAUCCUCGGACUCAUCACAAUCACCCAGAGCCUAAUCUCCACCAAAGGCACCGGCCAAAUAAUCGGUCUCUCACUCGUCUUUCCUCCCUACGCAUGGGCCAGCCUCAUUCGAGACAUCGCGACAGCAGAGAUGGGCGAGCGAGCGUUUCCGGAUAAGAAGGCGCAGGAGCAGAGGCAGACAAUAAAUGGGAAUCUAUUCGCACUGUUCUUCAUCUUGCAGAUCAUUGUGUACGGGGGAUGUACGUUCCUCGUGGAGCAUUUCCGAUGGGGUGUGCCGCAGCAACGCGAGUGGACUGAGUCUUCGGAUGAAGUGGCGCUUCGAUUGGGUAAUCUCUCGAAGACGUUUAAAGGUGACAAAAAAGCCGUCAAUGGGCUGAAUGUCGAGGUAAAGAAGGGCUCGGUUACUUUCCUGCUAGGUCCCAAUGGAAGUGGCAAGACCACGGCUCUGAAGUGUAUUUCUGGUAUGAUGAAGGUAGAUACCUGCUCGAAGAUUCAGUUUAGUCGCGAUGGCCAUUCGUUUGGCUUGUGUCCGCAGGAUAAUGUUCUUUGGGACCCACUCACUGUGAACGAGCAUGUCCGUAUCUGGGCGAAGCUUAAGACUGCCGGAGCCGAUAUGGCUGCUAUGAAAAACGCGGAUGAUGUUAUUGCUGAGUGUGGCUUGACUGGAAAGGCACAUUCGGCCUCAGAGACGCUCAGUGGAGGCCAGAAGCGGCGACUGCAGUUGGCUAUUGCGUUUUCCGGAGGAUCCCAAGUGUGCUGUAUAGACGAGGCAUCCAGUGGGCUGGCCGAUAUUCUCGCCGAUCAUAUUGUCAUCAUGUGCAAAGGCAGCCUAGUAUGUCAGGGAUCCAGCACUUCCCUAAAGUCCCAAUACGGCGACAGCUACAGAAUCCGCAUGGACGACGAUGACGAAAUCGCUUGUAAAGCCUCAUCGUCUGCGGAGGCCACUCAGAAAGUCCUCGAACUAGAGAGAAUACGCGACGGCAUGGCUUGUCACGUCACAUUUCCUACCCUCGAGCAGGUCUUCUUGAAGACAACGUCAGCAUACGGCACGGCGGUUGACGCAAGUGGAGGUGAUGGCAUUGUUGGUGAGCAAGAGGGCACCGAUGAUUCGACCACGGCUGUCGAAGAUAAGAUCCUGGCGCUUGAAAGUGAAUAUGCUGGACAAGAUCUGAACCUGGAUGUUGGGCGCUCGGUGGGAAUCUUUCGACAAAUAUGGGUGCUCUUCCGGAAGCGCUAUCAGUUGCUGAUGCAGUGGUCUGGACUGACUGUUUAUGCGGUAAAUCUUGUGAUCCCGAUCUUGGUCGCAGCAGCCUUAACCAACUUUCUGUACACCUGGAAAGCUCUUGAUACGUGCGAGAAUAUAUACGACCGAUAUGUCAAUCCCAGUGGUGCUGAAUUCCCUCCUCUGAUGGAGGCAAUAACGGCGAUGAGUCCCGGAGGUCCUGCUGCCAUUUUGGGGCCACGAAAUUCGUUUUCUGGCGAUGUGCAAGACGCACUUUAUCACGACAUUAUUGCAUCAAUGUACUCUGGGCCGAAUUCUCUCGGUCUUCAACCUAGAAUUCUUGUCAAUAGCCAAGACGCCUUUGAGAAAGCCAUGUUCAACAGCUCUGGAAAUGUGGGCUUCGGUCUUUACGCCCCUGGCUCGGGUGAUGCGACAUUUUAUCAUUCUGCGGAUCCUUACUCUGCAGGAAAUGGAAUGGGGGCCUUCAACUUCCUGACGAACCGCCUCGCCAACUCUACAGCUAAUAAUCAAGCGCGAAUGGUCUCGACGACCUUGCGGACAUUCCGCCAUGCCGGCGGAGUCCAUGAUUGGAGGAAUAUGCCGAUUGCUAUUCUGCUGGUCAUUGCUUUCAUGGCCGCUGUGUCGACCACGGUGAUUUAUCCCAUGUACGAGCGAGUUUCCAAGGUCCGGGCCCUGCAAUAUAGCAACGGUGUCUCUCCAUUUGCUCUUUGGACAGCGUACUUGCUAUUCGACAUGCAGUUCAUCUUCGUCGAAGCGCUUAUCAUGUACGGCCUUCUUUUUGUCAACCCGAUCAACAACGUCUGGUACCGACCAGACUGCAUCUUCGGUGCCUUCAUUCUCUUCGGGAUCGCCUCGUACCUGGGCUCGUAUCUCAUCUCCAACAUCUUCCGUCGCGGGGGCUUCUUCACUUCUCUAUCAAUUCACAUCGUGCUCUUUGUUCUUUACUUCAUAUCCUACAUCGCGAACCAAUACGGCGGCUCAGCAAGCUCCCGACAGGACAACUAUGACAAUCUGCAAGCCGGUCUCGGCCUCAUCGCUCCCGCCGCCAAUCUCGCUCGUGCUCUUUUCGUCGGCAUGAACACUUUCGACGUCCUCUGCGGAAAGUGGGGAGAUCGAAUCACCACUUAUCCCUUUGACUAUGCGCUUUAUGGAAGCGUCUACGCCAAUCUCACCUACCAAUGCGUCUUCCUCAUUGGAUGUCUCGCGCUGUCUGAAUACGGCAGCGAAGACUGGGUUCGACCGUUGCUCUUCUGGCGCAGAAGGCUCCCCGUCAGGGUCCAUCACCGCGUGAACGACACCGAGAUGACUUCUUUCGAGAGUACGCGGAACAUCAUGGCCGAGCGACCGCAGUUCGUGGCUGAGAAUCCCAUCCUGGAUGUCGAUCGCGUGAGCAAGUGUUUUGGGAGCUCGUUUGCGGCGCAGAAUGUCUCGCUUUCGAUCUCGCCGAAUGAGACGCUUGCGUUGUUGGGUGGGAACGGGGCUGGUAAGACCACCGUGAUUAAUAUGAUUCGUGGGGAGCUGAAGCCAGAUUUUGGGAAUGUCUAUGUAAAUGGGAUCUCGAUGUCACGACAGCCUGGACAGGCGAGGUUGAAUAUCGGGGUGUGUCCGCAGGACGACGCGGUUGAUAACUUGACCGUGAGGCAGACACUGGAAUUCUAUGCUUCCGUGAAGGGGCUGCAGAGGGUCAAGCAAAACGUGGAGCAGGUUAUGAAUGCGUUGGAUAUUACCCAGUAUGAGAAGAUGGUGGCGAGGGCGCUGAGUGGUGGGACGAAGAGGAAGUUGACGGUUGCCAUUGCGCUGCUUGGAAACCCACCGCUGCUGCUGCUGGAUGAACCGUCCACCGCGCAGGACGCAGGCGCAAAACGAAUUCUGUGGCGGGCGCUCAAGCGCAUUCGCACCAACAGAGCGAUCCUGCUUACAACACACAGCAUGGAAGAAGCUGAGUCUUUGGCCUCGAGUGUUGCAAUCUUGCGAACGAGGCUGCUUGUUUCCGGGUCGUUGAAUUCGCUCGGUGAUGCGUAUGGUGGAGCCUUCCGGCUACGGGGUGUGCGAUGCGGCGGCGUCGGUACUGAAUUGGCAAAGGACGCAGUGAGGAGGACGUUUUCGAAAGCAGGACUGCACGUUAUGGAGUAUGUCGAUAUGAACGGCUUGAUUCAAUUCUUCGUCAAGUACGAAAAGCGGAAUUUGGGGCAGAUCAUGCUCAUUAUGGAGCGUUUGAAGGGAGGUACCGAAAUGAUGGGAGGUCAUGCUGGGGAAGGAAGUGCCGGAUCUGCAUCUCCAGAAAAGGGGAUGAAGGUGUUUGAGGAGUAUACCUUGAUCGAGCCGACUUUGGAGGAGGUCUUCAUGAAUGUUGUCAAAGAGGCCGAG